AUGCUACGCAAGUCGACGCUUAUCCCGCUGCUACUGAGAAGAUCACUCGCCCCGUCACUGCCGAGGUUGUCGUCGCAAAGUCGAGAACUGCGAAGCGAUGGAAAGAACACAUACAAAGAGCAAAGUCUUCAGGAUCAAGAAACGGAUGCUCUGACUGCAACAGUUCCAUUGGAAGAAGCAAAUGCGUCUUCCAGCUGGCAAACAAAUUACAACGGACAGCAGCCUUCGAGAAUUCCGUUUAAUCGUGAUGAUCCGCCUGACGUGUGGCUCGACGUUCCCAAUCUAUCGGUGGACGAGAUCAAGUUGAAUGUGCAGAAUCUGAACGCUCAUCUCAGUUUAACGGCUAAAGUUGCCGGUUUGGUAUCGAUAGACGCCGGUGUUGAUGUGAAUAUUGACAAGGUUGAGUUGACUAUUACUGGAGUCAAGGCAGAACUUCAGUUGGCAGUGCGACUCGGCAAUCUGGUUAAGAUCGUGGAACGAACUCUCGAUGCACUGGACAAGAAUCCACAACUGUUGACUGGCGUGUUGAACGCAGCGACAAGCACGUUGAAUCAAGUGCCAAGCCUUGUCAGUGGUGUAACCAGUGCAGUACCAGGCGCUUUGAAUGCAGUCACAAGCACUUUGAAUGGCGUGGCCAGUGCAGUGCCAGGCGCUUUGAAUGCAGCAACCAGUACCGUGCCAGGCGCUUUGAAUGCAGCGACGAGCACUGUCAACGCGGGUGCAGGCGCUGUCACCGAUGGAGUUCAACAUCUUCCGGGUAGCAGCAGCAGCGGUUCGAAACGUCCAAACAAUUGGCUCGGCUCAUGCACGGCAACCGACGGCUCAACGAUGCAUCAUAUCAUUGACGGAAGUAAGUAGUUUCCGCUUAGAGAUGCGCUAGAAAGUACUUUGUAAAAAACACUCUGUUUUUCUACGCAAUCCUUCAGAUUUUUACGAAUACUUUGACAAAACU